AUGGCUUUGUCUGCUGAUCUCGUUGCGGACAUCUCGUUCAAGCUGCAACAGGUGCAAGAAGGCGAUCGACUUGUAAAGACGGUGCAUGGGGCUAUCAGCCAGCUUGAGUCGCAGGGCCACGUCUACACGAUGCAGCUUCAACCGACCAUGGUCGGGAUCAGUUCCCAGAACCGCGACGGGAGCGGGAUUAAUCCCGUAGAUGUCCACGAUCUUCUGGGCGACAUAGUUCAAGCCGGCUGGCUUGAUGCCAGGGUCCAGGCCAUCGCCCAUGAGCCAACUGGGCAAGAGGACAUCGAUUGGAAUGUCCGUCUCUUCCAAAGCAUGCAUGAUCGCUGUGGGCCCCUGGAGCCCACGAUGAUCAAAGCACUCUCCCUGGCAGGGUCACACACAAACUCGGUCUUGCGGUGCUUCCACUAUGAGGUCAUGCAUGAAGGAGACGAGACCGUGUGUCAUGAUGGAAGACUCAGCAUGGAGCUGCUUCGGAAGCACGAUCCGGACUUCGCGAGGGCGGUUCGCGAAGGAGUCGUUUGGAAGAUCUUGUCAAAGCACGUCGCUGCCCAGCUGCCGCAGCUGUUGGGACUUGUCCAAAGGAUGGGAAACGCCACACUUCACCGUGGCGAACACGAGCUCCAACUGAUGAGACGGCUGCAUCAGACUUGGGUCCAGAUGAGCUCUCAGGGUUCUGUGGACUUCCUGGCACUGAAGAGCAAAGUCACCACGGGGAAGUCCGUGCAUGGCAAGUCCAUGCCGCAUCUUUACAGUUUCGUGUUGAAGACUGCGGGUGGCACAGAUCCGUUCUUGCUCAACGAGACUGAAACCUUCGUUAGGUUGCAUUCCCCCAGCACACGUUCAUUGGGACCUGGUUUCUGGGAGAAGGUCAGUGCCGAUGUCAAAGGUUCCAACCAAUUCCCACGGUUCCGGCAUGCCAUGGUGAAGCUUGCAUACUGCAAAGAAGCUGUGGGGUCUGCCGAGUGCAAGAAGAUGUUGCACAAGGAUUCAACGGCCUCUGUCAAGGAGGCAGACACCAUCAUGAGCACGUGGCGAAAGCUUGUGACGGCCCUGCCGGAUGGUGCAGAGCUUCUCAUGAAACCCGAAGUGCAGACCUGCUUGUCCUAUGGGGACAUGUCCUUGGCUGCCUUCACCCUGAAUGUGAUGUUGCCCGGUGAAGACUUGAAGAAGUAUAAGACAAGCCAAUCCCUCGCCCAUGACCUCGUCCUGAUUUUGGAAGGCAUCCUCAAAACAGACCUGAAUGGGCCCUGGGCGGCACACAAGGUCGCAGAUUCGGGUGAGGCAUCGGGUUCCAAACAGGUGGGAGCACCCAUGGCCAUCAUGAGGGAGCUGAGCUCCGACGGCUCGGUGAAGGAUUCAGCGGUGAUGAUGGCCGAGUCCGGCUUUUCAGUCGGCCAAUAUGUCCGUCGCAAGGCGGAUCAGGAAACUGGCCAGGUGACGGCGAUCGAGCUUGGCCGUGUCAAGCUGAAGCAGCCCUCGGGGUCCGUAGUGCGGGUGUCGAUCGACAGCUUUCUCGCAGGCCACUGGCAGGUCUACACACCCAAGCCGGAACCCCAGACGGUGGAUGACUUGUCAGUGUGUUCGCCUUUGAACUUCCCCGAAUACGAGCGACAGAUGCUGUUGGCAUGCUUGUACAUGGACAUGCAUGAGCUCAUGCAAAAGCACGACACGAAUCCCAUGCUGCAGAAGCUCAGGGUCACUUUGAAGCCUCGUAAGUCAGUCCAAGCCACGGCAUUCAUCCCGAAAAACAAGCUCAUCAUGGUCCCCAUGGGUUUGACGAUCAAGCACGGUCAGAAGAAGCCCGAGGAUGCGAUUUUCGAUAUCAUCACCCCCAUGAGUGACUACUUCUUCUGGAUUGUUUCGUUCAUUCAGAUUCCGAAAGCCGAAGGGGAUGCUGGCUUCAUCAAUCCUGCAUUCCUUGUGCAGCCGCUUCCCGUGAGUGACACUUGGAAUUGCGAGGUUUCGCAUGUCAAGUCCAAUCGAGACAAGAAGGUUCAACUCCCCAUCCUCAAGAACACCCUGGACCUGCAGCAGGACGAUGUGCUGUAUAUGCCAAAGGCCGAGAAGACUGUGCACGUCGAGGCCUUGCAGGUUGACACCCCGCCAAGGAAGCGAAUCUGCUCCAAGAAGCCGGGAGAAGAUGAGGAGAUGACCGCACCCACGGUGGUGACAAAACAGAUCGUCACAUACGGGUCAGGGCUCACUUGGAUCCCGGAACAAAAGACGGCCGAGGGAGUCACAUGGUUCAAAGUGAGCAAGUGGGAUCGAGGAUUGUUUCGGUUCGUGUACGGCAAGGGCUUGGAUCUGAGGAAGAAUACGGACAAUCAAAACUUGUCACUCGACACACCUUUCUUCGAGAACAUGUUGGCCCGUCGCCAAGAAGCAUUCAACGAGGCUAUCUCCGAAAGACUCAAGGAUGAAGAGAAUGACGAAGCCCCACAGCCGGAGAAGGCCCAGAAGAAGACCAAGAAAACCAAGGAGUUCAAAGCUACACAGAAGCAUGACAUUUAUGCACCCCACAGCAUUCAGAUUGACUUGCCCGGCGAGGCCGAGGAUGGCAACAAGGUCCAAUGCCGAACUUUGUUCGAGGGGGUGGGCACUCGGACUAUGUGGCUGGAACUGAAGGACGAUGUCGUGAAGCACAUCCAGACCAGCUUCAAGCAUUCUGAGGCCAAGCCACGAAAGACGAUCAAGCCUAAAAGGGCCAAGGACUCACCGCAAUGGUGGGCCUUUGAUCGGUGCGGGCUCCUGGAGGUGUUGCUGCCGAACGAGGACGCCACAUGGAGCAACAGCUCAGCCAUCCUCGGUUGGCACAAGCAGAAGAAGAAGUGGAGAAUCCUCGACAUGUUAGGCAACCUCCUCUACAAGCACGAGAGCCGCGAGGAGACACCCCCGACCGAAGGUUGGCUGUGCCAAGAUUGGGAGGGCACGUGGUGCCCUGCUGAGCUUGUGCUCCAGGAGAUCGAUGCCCAGGACUACGAGGUGAUGAAGAAGGAAAAGGAGCCGGAUCGGCCAAAGGAAGAAGACGACGAGAUGGAGGAGGUUACAUGUGAGGAGCCCGACAAGAAGGACAGUGUCGCUGUGUUCGGAGAUCCCGGUCAAGGCGAAGAUUGCAUGUGUGUUGCGGUGUACAAAACAUGUUGUGUAUGGCAGGCUUGCAAGAAGCCGGCCGAGCCCAAGGAGCCGCCGCCGAAAUCCAAGAAGGCCUCUUGGCAAAAUGCCAUGGAUCCCACCGCCACCCCCGGCUCCAGCCGCCAAGGAGGGGUCUGCCUGGUCUCCUUGAUGUCUUUGUGGAACCCAUCGGCUUCGUCCUCGAGCACACCGCCGCCUCCGCCUUCGGGGGUCGUCCAGAAGGACGGUGCAGGCUGGAGGGUGGGCGGCUUUUAUCAUGAUGGCGACAAGUGGAACCCGCCCGGCACUCAAGGAGGACUGCAUGCAUGUUCAUAA